AUGGCAUCGAUUCUAGCCUCACAUCCAAACGACCUGAAACAGAUCCUCCCCAUAUCUCCGAACCCCUCACCCAUCGACGCAUCGAAUCCUUCCGGCCGUGGUCGGCAAAGAAGUCGCUCACUUGAGAAUGAGGGCGCCGAGCAGGAUGUGAAGGCCGACGGCCAUAACGGCGCGUCCUCCAACUCGGAUGGCCCUGGACCGGCCAGGAAACGGAGACGAAGUCGGAAGGGUCUCGACAAAAGAUUUGAGUGCUCUGCUGAGGGAUGCGGGAAGAGCUACUCAAGAGCAGAGCAUCUGUACCGCCACCAGCUAAAUCACAACUCGAAGCAGACCUAUCACUGCAACUUCCCCAACUGCACGCGAACUUUCGUGAGAGGAGAUUUGCUGAAGCGGCAUAUGGACAGACAUGCCGCAAAAGGCUCUCAGCUCAACCAGAGGGACUCUGUAGCAGGGAAUAUCGCCCCAGUGAUUGCUCCUGGCAAUGGUGCCGGUGUUGGAGUAGGAGUUGGUGCAAACUCACCCGAGUUUAAUCGCCCGGUCGAUUAUUCAAAGGCUCACCCCUCCAACAUGCCAUAUCAAACAGCCCUAGACGCGAACGGGAACCCUUACUCGCCCAUGAUGAAUACUCCCACCGGAAUGUAUCCAAAUGGGCAACUACCCGACGGCCUGGGAAGCUACAUGUCCCCAAACCCUGGUUAUGAUAGCCGUACACCCCAACUUAGCCAGCCACAGUCCCCUUCGGUGGCACAGAGACAGUCAAUGUCGGCCAGUAACACACCAUUCAACGUCAUGUCGCCGAUCGCAAACCAGCAGGCCUUUCCAAACCAGCAAAACAAUAUGGCCCAGGCCAGCACAUUUGUCAGUCAGCAGAAUGUGAUGCCCAUGAACCUGCCUCCAGCACAAUACUCGAACCCCCAGAACUCGGUUGUCGGCACCUCGGCAGAGUACACGGAGCCUGGAACAACCCAGGCGAGUGAGUUGAUGAUGUUGGAUCAGAUGGCUAUGCCCGCAACUGUCCCUGUCUUUGGAGAAGCUGGCGAUCUCAACAAGUCACCUUAUGUCGGAAUGCCCGAGGACUUUAUGGCAUAUCUCUUCAAUUCGCCCGGCCAGGCCAUGACCCCUGUAGUUGGCCCAAGCUACACAAACUACAGUGAAUUGCAAGGUAACCAGUUCAAUAUGUCUCUUCUGGGCACCGACAGUGCUUCGAUGGGGUAUUUCCCGACUGCUCCUCAACAAGUGAUGGCCGUCAACAAUCUUUUGGAUCAACAAGUACCAGAAGCGACAAUAUCCGAGGAGAAGAGUCAGGAGCUAUUCGAUUUUAUUAGGGAGCGCUUCCAUGACAACAAGCACUCUCCGUCUGAACGCCAGUGGGAUGAUAUUCUUGAGGGCGACCGCAUGAACAACGACCAUAUGCUCAGCAAGAGGAUGAUGCAGGCAUACAUUGGCUCUUACUGGUAUCACUUCAGCGACCAGAUGCCUAUCCUUCACAAGCCAACGUUCUCUCCUGACAAGACACCAAACCUCCUUUUGCUCUCCAUGAUGGCUAUCGGAGCUGCGUGUCUAGAUCGAACGCAUGGGCACAAGGUUACAAAGGCUGGCGCUCAGCUCUCGAAUUUCCUUGCUUGGCACUUGCGCUGGGACAUUUUCAUGGACGUCAGCUUCCGGCCUCCUGCGAAGCUGUGGGUGUUCCAGGCUCUCAUUCUUCUCGAGCUAUACGAAAAGAUGUACUCAUCAAGAGAACUGCACGAGAGAGCUCAUAUCCACCAUGCUACCACCAUCACUUUAAUGCGGCGAGGCCGUUCUCUGAUUGGAAAAUCGGCCUUGGACUCACCACCGAACCCUCGAGAUGGGUCCAACGGAUCACGACAGUCGUCCACCUCGAGCUCGACUGGAACUGCCGACAAGUGGUGGGAGCAUUGGGUUACGAACGAAGCGACCAGGCGCGCAGCCUUUGCCGCUUUUAUUGUCGACUCGAUUCACGCUACUAUGUUUGGCCACUCGGCGGUAAUGGUCGCUCACGAGAUGAGACUUCCCCUUCCCUGUGACGAAUCCAUGUGGCGGGCUGGAAGUAGCUCUGAGGUCUGGCGGAUCGAGUCAAACCUGAUGUCAAAUGGAAUCAAGCCGACCUCGUUCUUGGAGGGUCUUAAGCGAACGCUGAGCGCUCAGGAGGUGCACACAACCUCGUUCGGGAGAACCGUGUUGAUGGCAGGUCUCUUGAGCGUGUCGUGGCACAUGCAUCAGCGGGAUCUUCAGGUCAAUGUGCUAGGCGGUGGUAUUAUCCAGGCUCUUGGUGGCCGAGAUCGAUGGCGUGCCACACUUACUCGCGCGUACGACACGUGGAAGGUUGACUUUGACAAGCAUCUGGAUCGCAGCGAAUCUUCGGAUCCCUAUCGAGAUGACGCCCUGAAGCGAAACGAGUUCAACGUUGUGUUUGAGAGCCGCACGGUUCUGCACCACUUGGCACACAUGGCCAUGCAUGCGGACAUUGUGGAUUGCCAGAUGUUUGCGCGAGCGAAGCGUCUUCUUGGCCGUGCUAUUGGCCCGCAAGAGUUCAACAGCGCUCAGAGGCGUAUAAAGGACCACUGGGCUCAUUCGGCUCGAGCGAGAGAUGCAGCCUUUUAUGCACUGAAGUUCUUGUGCUCUGUACUGGCCCCUGAUCAGGUGACACCCGCACAUGCAGGAGGUUACCAUCUGGAUGAGCCGUACGAUGCCCGUGAUGACGUUCUCCUGAACCGACCUUGGGUGCUGUACUUUGCGGCGCUGGUGGUCUGGAGCUACGGUUUUGCGCUUGAGGGAGCUUGUCCGGAGGUGCCGCUACCAACGAAUCGACAGGAGAAGCUCCAACACAUGAGGAACUACUUUGUCAAGUUCGGUACCAUCGAGAACCCAGGCAACUUGCAGGGCAGGACAGGAAUCAACGCGAACACUGCACUCCUGAUGAUCCUCAAGGACACUUUCGAGGGGACACGAUGGGAGCUCUUGCACGAAGCGGCGACUCUGUUGAACAACUGCAUCAUCCUCAACCAGGGCGGGACAAUACAUUAA